GGAAGUGCGCUGGGGUUUGGUUGCCUGUGUGCCUGGUUGUUGUUGGAAUGAGGCGGUGAACUCUCUGCUGCUGGUCAGAAAGCAGACAGACAACGUGGGAAAAUGGCUGACCCGGCUCAAGUGAAGAAGGACGGGGGCUCUGAGCCGGGGCUGCCCCCGGAGGAGCUGCCGCGGCCGGAGGGCGAGGCUGAAGCGGGCGAAAGCGCAGCGGCGGACCCGGCCUCCACCGACGCAGCGCUGCUUAGUCAAGAUAAAGAGGACGAUAAAACGGGGCUGUUCAAGGACUCUGGCGCCGGAGAUGAGGGGCAGGGCUCCUCCGGCCUCCACCCACCUCCUGCCAAAAAACUGAAAGUGGAGCCUGAGAAGAAGAAGGAGAAGCGGCAGAAGGUGGACGAGGACGAGAUCCAGAAGAUGCAGGUUUUAGUGUCGUCGUUCUCUGAAGAGCAGCUGAACCGCUACGAGAUGUACAGGCGCUCUGCUUUCCCAAAGGCAGCGAUUAAACGGCUGAUUCAGUCCAUCACCGGCUCCUCCGUCUCUCAGAAUGUGGUCAUCGCCAUGUCUGGCAUCUCCAAGGUGUUCGUUGGGGAGGUGGUUGAGGAAGCCCUAGAUGUUUGUGAGAAGUGGGGCGAGACGCCGCCCCUGCAGCCGAAACACAUGAGGGAGGCGGUGAGGAGGCUGAAGAGCAGAGACCAGAUCCCCAACACCAAGUUCAAGAACAUCCUAUUCCACUGAGCCGGCUGGAGCCCACACGCUGUGGGGUUCAGUGCUGGAGCCCGCAUGCCAUGGAGCUCAGCGCUGGAACCAGCCCGGUCCGAGAGCCGCAGGUGUCACUCUGCUGUUUGCCUGACCUUCCUCACAAAGCAGCGGGCGUACGGACACCUGACGUGUUUCUGGAGAGACAGCGGGCUGAACUUUUUAUUGCAAAAUUAGCAAAGUGACACGUCUGUUUUCUGUGUUCAGAUUUUUUUACUCAAACGAUUGAGCUCUGUCGUGUAUGAUGGUCUUUUGUGAAUUUACUGUGAGUAAAUAGUCAUUAAAAGUUUUGUUGACUUCUCCCUGUGUAUUGAAAUUACUGAUCAAGUCUAAC